ACAUUAAAACUAUUCUGUGCAUGUCAGUCAAGGCGAAAGUUUAUUUAUAAUCAUGCAAAAAUUACUUUCCUUUUAUACUCACCAUCUUAACUCCUACGUCCUCCGCUGAAACUUUUCUUAUUCCUUAGUAUAUUUCAAAUUAAUAUGAUUGUUCAGUGUAGCUGGAAAGUGUCCGAUAAUAGACCAGUUUCAGAUGCUGUGACAUGGUCUGCAGAAGCUGAAAGCAUUGACCUGGAAGAUGAAAUUAUGGUAGAAAACUGUGUCAUGCUUGAAGCUCCAGACAAAGGAGAUGGUGCUUAUCCUACUAUUCCAGCAUGUCAAUUACUUCUAUCAUGCCAACCACCAAAUCAGAUAUCGCAUGUAUCUGUUUUAUGUGAAAGCAGAGUUAUUGAAGUUUAUGGGCAUCAUGGUGAGUACUUGAAAACUAUCAAAAAUGAACUUCUAGAAGAAGCAGAAGACAUGGUAGUUUUCAGAGGAGAUGUUGUUUUAGACAAGCCAUUAAACCUAUGCUCUAUCAAGUUUGUGUUAUUACGAUCAGUAAGUGAAAUGUGGCUGUAUGGAGUGAAAAUAAAUAUUGUAAAAAGUGGAUUUGAUCCCCAGAGUCAAAUGACCAUCCCUUUAGCUGCAGUAGAACAAAGGCUUGGAGAAAUGGGACUUGCUCUCAGUGACAAAGCUGCAGCUUUUAAACAGCUAGUAGAAAAGUUUCAAAAUUCUUCUGUAUUUGGUCCAUCAGAUAUAGCUAAUUUAAUAUUCAGCCUUCAGCAGUCUAAUUUGGUUAAAAAUAAGUCUCCUUCACCUGAAAAUUCUCAUACUCCUUAUAUGCAAGACUCUUUGGUACCAUCUGCUGAACAAAGAGAUAACCAGAAUAAUUUAAAAGAAUUUCAAACAUUAGAUACAAUCAAUGCAAAUAAAUUUGCAGCUGUAGAAAAUGUUAAUGAUAAUGUUCCAGCAGAAGCUCCUGUUAUGAGAUCAGUAUCCACAUCGCCUAUUAUAUUUGAAAGGCUUAGUAGCAAUACACAAACAGAUGAAGAAUAUUUAAAUCUAGAAGAAAAAUUAAAAGCCUUUAUCAGUGAGCAAGUUCAUGAGUUAGACAAGAAAAUAUGGGAAAAAAUCAAUAAAAGAUUUCAAGAAACUGAAGCUAAAAUUUUAUGCAAACUUGACGAAGUUGAAUCUUUUGUUAAACCACAAGGCAUAGGGGAAAGCUAACUGUUAUCAGAACUUUCCAGUGAAAUGUCUUUCCGACUCACUUUCUUUAAAUGUGAUUGUUUUAGUUUUUCUUCUUAGGUUCUUCUAAUCUUGUGGUACUUUUUGGCAUCUUAGUUUUUUUUUAACAUAAAUUUAAAAUUAAUACAAAACUAUCUGAUAGUGCUCAACACAUGAAUGUUAUGAAAAAACUAAAUAUGAUGGAUGCUAUAACUUUUUAAAUUAUUUAUUGUUUUAUAAUUUAAUGGUAUUUAUUAAUUUAUUAUUAAAUAAAGUCUACUGUACAGUUAA